AUGAAUUCAGAACCUCCCCAACUGGCUGAAGUCAUAUCGCAUCAGCCUGACUGUGGAACUGACAUGAUGGAAUUAGAAAGCGAUAACAAACUUUUACAAGCACUUGCCGAAGGUAACGCGAUAGAUCACGAGAAAUGGCCUAGUUUGCUCUUGCGAAUAAUAUCGCGUUUGGAAAAGAAUGUUCACCAAAGUUUUUCAGCAUUUCCGGAGAGCGCAUCAGAGUCUUCGAUAUCUUCUUCCGACGCGAGCAAUACUUCUACCGAAUUUUCAGCGCGCAAUGAUGAUGCUGCAACUCGUCAUAGCAAUAGCACAAUUUGUCUCCAACCCGCAAUACGUACAAUCCUCGCAUCUAUUUCUGAUACUCUCCUCACCUUCUUUUCGAAAGCUCCACCCCACACGAUUCAGCGGCUCGCUGAGCUGAUCCUUUUCCCUCGUAGCCACUAUCGUACUCUUCCCUCAUAUCUCCAUGCGCUUGACCGGGUUGUUCACGUCACAUCGCCAGCAACAGCUUUUCCUUUGCAAUCCCCAGCUCUUAAUACAAACUCAUCUAAGCUCCUGUCAAGCGGGAGCACGGUACACUCAAAGGAUCAAAUUCCAGCCUCUUGGAGUAGCUCUAUCUCAACAAUACGGCCUAGCACUCCUGACCUUGAUUUAGAUGAAUCAAUGGGAGGAGCUUUGUUAAUACCUAUCCCUUGGCUAAAAAAUAAUUGCUCACGCUCACCUCUUGAUAACGAGGUCAUAACUAAACGGAGCACAGAAAUAAUUGAGGGCCCAAAUGGACCAGGCGGGGUAGAGACAGUAUCAGUAUCAAUCAAUGGGGUCUCCUCAGCAGGUUUAAAUUCGUGUUCACGCAUGGAUGAUGGCUUUACGUCGUUGAGAGCUGAAGGUGGUAUUAGCCAAGGAGAGCUAUUGAGGCAAGAGCAAGAAGCAGGAGUUAUACCAGCUUUCCAGUUACAAGAACACGAUGAGCGAUUUGGUCAUGAUGGUCGGAAACUACUGACCAGAAGUUUACUCGAUAUCGGCAUAGAAGAUACGGGACCCCAAUGGGAUGCAAGAACCGCUACCACACCACAAAAUACUACUACUAAGUCGGUUGCUGAAGUAAAGUCUACUGUAAAUCGUGAUAUAUUCACUAUUGAUGAAUUAACCGAACGACCCUCUACAGAUGAUCAUGGCGAGGAUCCACUUACGCCCCCAUCGAAACGUCCGGCUCCGGCCCCCCUCGCUCCUGGAACUAUCAAGCGGCAGAAGAAUGACGAAAAUCUAACCUCACCUACAGCUCGCGAACAAAGCAAACAACUACAGGCUGCAACACCCGUUGAUAAUGAGUCGCUUAAGAAAGAUCCUGUUCAAUGUCUUACAUCAUCUAAUGGAAACACGCAAAUGCCCAGUUAA